GUCGGCGGCAGGACUUCAAAGGGUUAUCUGGAGUCAUUACUCGUGCCUCGAUGGUGUACAGGAUAGUCAGCUGAAGAAGGAAGGGGGUUACGAGAAACGCUACUGGCGCAAAGUGCGUCAUUCUUUAGCUAAGGCAGAAUGCUCAGGAAUCAGCAAAUGGCAACCGACAAUGGCUUUCUUUGUUUGGGAGACUCUGUUGAUGGAGUUGCAUGCCAUGAAACGGAGCAAUGUCAAACCGUUGCGCAGCUUGAUUCCAUCCACUGGUGGCCUCCAGACACAGGUUACCUGGACUGCGUGAUUGCGCAAGGACCUUCACCUGAUACAGGCCAACAUUUGCUAUCCCGACUCUGCGCAGGUUGCCAAAAAAAUCAAACAUCCGCGAUGCGCGCCUGGAAAGAUAUCGUACGUCAAGAUGCAGAAUUCUGCUCGGCAUUUACUGGUGGCAAUGGUUCGAACAUGUCGGCGAAAGCAAUUGAGUCAGACCAUUUCUUCGCGUUGCAAUGUGACCCGAUGAGAUUCGAUGAGAUGCAAUGGAACAAUCAGCAGCCUGAAAACUCGCCUCGAGUAUAUGGAUGGGGUAGUAUAUUUCAAUCGUUUUUCGCCGUGAGUGAGUGCUGAUUGAGGUCUAUUAGACCUUGUGGGACCCUCGG